GUGUUAAACGUGGCCUGCUGUCGAAAGCGUCUGCUUGCGGCCGCUGUCUUGCUGUCUACGCUCUUCUGCGAUGCGCUCGGCCCGCUAGUUGCUGGUCGAGUUCAUUGCCAGGCCAGAUCUGCACGCUUGAGGGAUCGCGCGUCUUCGCCGCUCUCUUGUCAUUUGGCUUUCUGACUCGCGACUACUGAGACUUUGGCAAAAAUGCCGCUCUUCGGGAAGAAGGAUUCUGCCAAGAAAGCAAAGAAGGAAGCCGAGAAGCAGCCGUCGGUGGAAGACAAGUACGUCCUAAAAGAGCUGCUGGGAACAGGGGCCUUCUCCGAGGUACGCCUGGCGGAGAGCAAGGAGAAACCGGGCCAGAUGUUCGCCGUCAAGAUAAUAGACAAGAAGGCGCUCAAGGGCAAAGAAGACUCCUUAGAGAACGAAAUAAAAGUUCUGCGAAGGCUUCAGGAUGCUGGCCCGGCUCCCGGCGGCGGUGGGGCGCCCGGCCUCCCCCAGCUGCCCUCGCCUUCGCCCGGCCACUCUGACGCUGCUGCGCCAUCCGACGCGUCUGGUUCUAACCGCGCGCCUGCCCCAGUGCGCCUAAACAACAGGUUGAAGCAUCCAAACAUCGUCCAGCUGCUGGAAACAUUUGAAGACAAGCACAAGGUGUACCUUAUCAUGGAGCUCGUUACUGGUGGAGAGCUAUUCGAUCGUAUAGUGGAGAAAGGAUCUUACACUGAGAAAGAUGCGUCGGAUCUUAUACGACAAGUUUUGGAAGCUGUUGACUACAUGCAUGAACAGGGCGUAGUACAUAGAGAUUUAAAGCCUGAAAAUUUACUAUACUACAGUCCAGACGAAGACAGCAAAAUUAUGAUAAGUGACUUUGGACUAUCAAAGAUGGAGGAUUCUGGAAUUAUGGCUACUGCAUGUGGCACACCUGGAUAUGUUGCUCCUGAAGUUCUGGCUCAGAAACCCUACGGGAAAGCUGUAGAUGUGUGGAGUAUAGGUGUAAUUUCAUACAUUCUGCUCUGUGGAUAUCCACCAUUUUAUGAUGAAAAUGAUGCAAAUUUAUUUGCACAGAUUCUCAAAGGUGAAUUUGAGUUUGAUUCUCCAUACUGGGAUGACAUAAGUGAUUCAGCAAAAGAUUUCAUUAGGCAGUUAAUGUGCGUGGAUGUUGAAAAACGAUAUACAUGUCGGCAAGCUCUCAAACACCCAUGGAUAUCUGGCAAUGCUGCAAGCAACAAGAACAUUCAUGGAACUGUAUCAGAGCAGCUGAAGAAGAAUUUUGCUAAAUCACGAUGGAAGCAAGCAUAUCACGCAGCCACGGUGAUCCGUCAAAUGCAGCGGAUGGCUCUGAGUGGAAGUAGCUCUGGACGCAGCCCUGUGCCAGCUCGAACCUGCCUCAGUGAAAGCCUUAAUGGCUCUCCUCGAAAUGACUAGCAUGUCCUGUCUUUGUUGUACAACAUUGGAAUAUCUGUUUCAAGGCCUUGAACUGUUCUAGUUUACACUCCAAAUGUAUAUUGGUGCUUUUCUUUCUGAAUAGUCUCUUAAGUGGGAAAUUCAAAUUUCUGAAUGUUUGCGACAAAGAUCUGAAAUUCUGAUCUGUGGCAAUUACAUUAACAAAUCUCAUAACAAAUCAGUAUGAUAUUAGUAUUUACUUGAUUUUAGUGCACAUCUGAAAAAAAAAUUAAAAUUUCUGUCCUGUUUUUAUUUUUAUAUAUAUAUAUAUUUUUUUCCUUAUCAUGUCACUCGUGUGGCUGCUGGCUCAUAUACCAUGAAAGAAAAAGCACAAAAUAAUGCUUUACUUAAAAGCAAAUUGCUAGCUUGCUGUGAUGGAACUCUUUAUGAAAGAAGUGUAAAAUUAAAUUACUCAAAGUUUCUUUUCAGUCGCAAUGUACUGAUGAAAUAAAUGUGCUCCUAUGUGGUAUAUUUCUUGACAGUGGCUGAUAUGUAUCAUAGUGAUAUAGAUGUGUUAAAUUUGGGUCACAAGAAGAGUUUCUUUUCAAAAUAGUGCAUAAGUUUAACAUCACUUCUUCUGAUAAAUUUGAACAUAAACUGUCGUCCUAUCCAAAUGUCAAAAAUGCAUGAACAGAACUUUCAGCUGAUCAUUUUUCCUCUAGAAACAAUGAAAUAUUAAAGAAAAUUGUGUAUAUUGGUAUAAAUUCUGAAAGAAUUGAUCAAAUAUAAGGAUGGAAUGGUUUGUGCAACUGGGAAAGGCUGAUAACAUUGUGUUCUCCAAAAUUUUUGCACUUACAAUCACAGUCAUUAUGGCUUUUUAUGGUUGGCAUGCCACAUAUGUUAAUCAGCAGCACUGCUUGCUCUCCCAGUCAGUCAGGCAACCUAUUUGUGGCGUAUUGAAAUGAAAAGGCAAACUUUAUGACAUGUUGGUAUUAGAACUUAUGUAGAUUCUUUCUGACUUUAGGGUUGACACAGACAAUAUUAAUUUGUCUGAAUGUUGUGUGUUGUCUACUGAAUAGCUGUAAAAGAAGUGGAGAUGGUGGAUAUGGCUUGAAUAGUCAGUCCCUCACUGAAAGUAUGAUAAAGUAACUGCUACUUUCUCAUGAACACAAAAUUUAAGUAUGGUAAACCUGUUUACACUUGAAACAUCAGAUUCACCAAAAACUGAGUUAGUAGAAGAUUACUUAACUGUUGUGUCAUACUCUUAAUUGUAAUGUCAGUGCUGCAUAAUACUGCUGAAGACUACCUCAACUGAAUAAAACUUGAAUAUCUUUUUCUCAUUACGGUAUAAACAAUCAUUUACUUUAAUGACAAUAGUGACAAAUCAUUAACAAGCUAGCAACUUAUUUACUUCUUAAAUACAAUGUAAAAUGAUUGAUAUACAAUAAAACUUCCAUUUAUGUACACUGUUAUGUUACAAGCAAUUGUAAUGGCCUGGAGCCACCCACACCUCCUUGCAUGCCAGUUACAAAAAUUAAAAUAUUUAUAUCUGUGCAUAACAUUUACAUUGAAUUUCGACAUGCUCUACUUAUUUUUGUGUAUACAUUAAACAGUGCCCUAACCUUCAAAGGACAGCCAACAUUUCCAGCUGAACUCUCCAGCAGCUAUGGGCAUAGGUAGCAAAGAAGGGUAUCGCUGUUUUCACUAUUAAGAGAGAGGGAAUGGAUUAUUCCAGGAACAAAUGCUCCAGUGGAUAUACACAGUGUAAAGAAAACAUACUAUACAGUACACUGCUGCAGGCAUGUUACAACUAACCAAAAAUUAUUUUUUACUUCAUUUAGGGAACUAACUGUAUUGUCAUUGGCCUAGUAGUAGCAGUAGCUCUAGUGGUAUAAGUAGUUAUUAGUGGUAAUUAAGGAUUGUAUAACAGUUUCAGAAUUUACUUGUCUUUUAAUAUGAAACAGGUUAAUGGAAAUCUUGACCAUGUGAGCUUGAGAGGUGGUGGCAGCUCUUUCUUUUGAAAAUGCCUCAUGUUAUAAUUGAGUUGGAGAAUUAUAGUAAUUAUAAAAUAACAUAAAAAGAGUAACGUGCUGGGAAUAGUAGGAACAAAUGUUUACUGUAACAAACUUUGUUAUUUGUGAAAUAGAGAAACUUUCAAAGGCAAGUUGUUCAUAAAGUGAGAACAUCUAGUAUCAUUAUUAAUUAAAAUUUAAGGUGUUUGGUAUAAGAUAUGUUUGCCUUGAUUCACAGUCUGCUGUAAAUUGCACACUCUCUCUCUCUCUCUCUCUCUCUCUCUCUCUCUCUCUCUCUCUCUCUACUAUUAAUCAUUCUCAUAGCAUGUGAGCACGUGUGGGGGAUUAUCUAUCAUAUUUUCUUCCGCUUUACGUUGUUGGCUGCUUGAAUUCAUUUGAGUCUGGUAACAUUUUAUUAGUUGCACAAUCAAUCUGACUCUAAAAUCACUUAUAUUGUCCACUUUGAAUGUUUCACAGUUUUGCUAUCUUUAUUUUGUAUUUCCAGAGUUCAUGUGCUCUAACAUAAAAUAAGUGGUUUGAGGUGAGCAAGUUUGCAAUGAGGUUGUAUCUGGCUGUGCUCUACCAUUAAUGAUAUCUGUGUUAGUAAAUCAAUACAGAGAAGAAGACAUACACCUUUUACAACAAAUUCACUGCUAAUUGGGUGAUGUUAGGAAGUCAUCAGUUUAAGGCACACACAUUUUCCAUUUUUUUGGGUACCUUCAUGUAUGAAAUAACAUUUUUUUAAACAUUGCACAAACAAUUGUGCUUCUAAGCACUGUAUGUUCCACAUUUACAAAAAAGUUAUCUUGCUUCAAACUUAAGAACAAGAGCCAAAAGUGUGUGUUAGACAGGUAAUUAUCCUCUCUCUGACUGUAAAGUGUGUGGGAAACCUCAUGGUCUAAAGCAUUGUUUCAAUCUCAAAUGUAGUUCUAUUCUUGCAUAUAAUAUGCAACUCCAUUCAGAGGUGUGUCUGAGUAAAUCAAACUAAUAGUGUGCAUCAGGUAAUCUGUACCCACAUAUAGGUAACUAUUAGCUGAAGCUUCAGAAUAAAGUAAUAUACAACUACCACGUCUAAACAGAGUAAAAGACUUUACCUAUUUUUGAAAUGUGUGUUCACACACUCAUUUUUAUUUCCAUUGCAACUGAAAAGGUCACAGUACAAGGAUGUUGGUAUUAGUAGAAGCAGAUAAAUCUAGAGCUGCUUCUUGAGAAUUUCAAAUUUGAAAAAAAUCUAACUCUUCUUAUCUCUAGACCAUGUACUUGUCUUUAGUGACAUUACAACAAGGUUUAAGCAUUUAAAAAUGUAGUAUAUAUCCAUUUUAUGAUGUUAUAUUGUCUGCAUAUUUUAUUACCCAAUGUAUAUAUUAUUAAUGGCCUUACCCUGUAUGUAGAGGUUUUGAUUAUUACAGUUCCAGAAUAAGAGACAGAAAAUGACUGUGCAAAGCACUCAGACAUUCAGUCCACUAAUUCAUUUACAAAGCUGCUGGCAGAGAAAGAUAUGUGCACUUUUAAUGUUAUCAUUCAUAUUAAUCCUUACUUUUGUUUACUUUUAAGGGCAUAAAGUUACAAUUUUUUCUUGGUUAGGCUAUGUAAUACUUACCAUAACCAUACGACAACAUAAAAAUACAUGUUAUCCACCAAGAUUAUGAAUAUGUUCCAUUUUUGUCUGUGUGUACCUUAUAAUAAGAAUAUAUAACUGAGGAAACAAACCACAGAGAAAAUAUUGUGGACUUUAUUUUAUAUGCAGUUUGCAGCACUGAGUUUAGUUUGAUCUGAAGAUUUCUGUGACUCUACUGUGCAAAUUGUAAAUCAUGUCAUGACACAAACUUAAUCAUACAUAAGUGCUUUAGCAUACUACAACAUUCUUUUAGGUGGACUUGAAUUGUACUGUUAUCCUGAUUUCAGUCAAAGAGGGAAUAAACAUAUAUUUUUAUGCUAGUUAAAGAAUGUGCUGAAGGCUAUAUCUUCAAUAAAGAUAAUUUAACAUAAAAGAAUAAAGACAAAAUGAUGAAGGGUAAGAAAAAAAAGAAAGUAGGAGCAUGGAAAAUGACAAUCUGCAUCAAAAAAGUGAAAUUUGUGAGGAACAAAAUAUGUUUACUGAUACAAUUUGAGAUUUAAAUAAAUAAAUUUAAUCGUCUCAUCUGAUUUCACUCUGUUUUUGAUAUCUUCAAAUUCAGUAUUAAAGUUCUCAUUGUUUUAACUGAAACUAGUGUUAGCAUUACUUCAAUAUGCCAGAUUUAUUAGAAAUUAAUUGUUAUCCACAUAUCGAACAUGAUGCUUAUGUCACAGGAAUCUUGUAUUGUAGCUACCCCCAACAAUAAUAAACUUUAAAAAAGGAAACAAAAAAAUAUCAAACUGAUUCUUUAAAUCAAAGCAUGGAAUUCCAAGGGGGCUGUGCUAUUCCUCUAGUUCAUUACUGACUUGAGAUGUAUGUAUAUAUUUAAAACAAUAAUGAUCAGGACUAAUGAGUAUGUUUCAUGUAUUUUAACUGAAGUUGAUGUACUACUACAUUGUAUGUAAACUACCCAUGUGAUAAUUUGUGUGUAUUAAAUUGCUUAUAAAGUUUCCAUAAAACCAGCA